GAAUACGGCUCGUCUGACGAAAAUUUUCAAUUAGAUCUUUUUUGUAGGAAAUUUAAUUUUAUAUAAGAAAAAAUGAACAGAAAUUUUUUUACUUUGAUCGUCUAGCAGUUCUGUUGUAAAACAUCAUAUCAUGUAUAAAAAUAAAAAACACCGAUGAUAGACCUCUUAAAAUUUUUUUUAACGGCUCAAAUUUUCACCAAAUUUUUUUUUCAUCAUCCUGAACAAGAUUUUCGAAGUAACUUUCAAAAAAAAAAAAAUUUUAUUUUUUUGGCCCAGUCUAAUAUAUAUACCUUAUGUCACUGUCAGUUGUCCUUAUUUUAUAAAGCACAAGUGCGUGAAAAUGUUUCGUCUUCUUAAUUUAACUAAAACCUCAUCUAUUAAUUGUAAUUGGCAAUAAAAUACACAAAAAUAAAGCAUAAUAUUAACUAGUUGUUUUGCCCCUUCUUAUCUAAUGGCGGCCGGAUUAUGCAUUCAUUAGUGGACUGAUCAGGAGGAUGAGGAUUCUUGGGUGCCUGUUUAUAUUGGGCCCUAUCGUGAACAAAAUUUCCCAGGAAAUAUUUCCCACGUUCGAAAAAUUGUUAUCGUGAAUGAUGUUCGAAAUUACCCUCGGAAUUUAUUGCUAUCGUGAAUAAUUUUUACAUGGGAAUUUUGUUGUGAUUUCUCUGGAAUUUUUCCACUUUUAUUUUGUUGGAGAAAUUUGUGCUAGACGGUUCAAUGUCAAAUUCAACAAAUCAUAAUCAGUUGGAGCUGCUGGUCAGUAUCAUGGAAACAAAUCCUGAUAUUGCAACUGGGUUUACCACUUACCGACAAAAAGAGGACCUCCAACAUUUUUGGAAAAAAACAGAGAAGGAGCUCAAUAGCUUGGGACCACCUAUAAAAGCAAUAUCAGAAUGGAAAAAAGUAUGGUUCGACAAGAAGAAAUAUAUACGAAACAAAAUUGCAGACAAUCCCCGAAAUAAAAAAGCUACCGGAGGCGGUCAGUUUAAAGAAUUUAAAUUUUCGCAAUUGGAGGAAACAAUUAUAAGGAUAUGUGCUAUGAGAGAUUCAGUAGAAGGUUGCCAAAAUGCAACUACUUUUGGAUUACCUUCUUUCAUCAAAAAACGACGAAUGGUGACCCAAGAAAAAGAAAACUGUCGCUCACUUGAAACAACAUUGGACGCUAUUCUUGAAAGUCCUUCCAAGUCUCCGGUGCACUGUCGACAAACGGAUACGGAUACCCAGGGUUCUUAAAGCAGACCAUCAAAAAAACAAAAAGUUAAGAUGACACCAGAGUUUCUAGAAGAGGAGCUUACUGUUCAGAAAGACAUUUGUAGUAAAAUAGGGAAAGCCGUCGAUUUUCUGGAAAAUCACCACCAAGAAUCAUCCCAAUGCAUCAAAAAAAAUUACCGCUCCAUAGAUAGACUCCACGAUCAGCAAAAGCUUGCUUACAAGAAACUAAACGACACAACAUCCAAUUGGAAGAACAAGAUCGAGAAAAACAUGAAGAAAUGUUGCGCCACAACAAAAGAAUGGAAAACUGGAGAAUUAGAGAAAUUGAAAUCAAGGUAAAAUAUAAACAGGAUCUCAUUAAAAUUCAGCAAGAAAAACUCCAAAAGAUGUAGUUUUAAUACAUAUUUGAUUUUAAGUAAAAUUUUUUUUUUUUUAUAGUUCCUAUUUAUUUUUUGAAGUGAAAUAUUUUUUUUAUUUUCUUUUUGAAGUAAUACAUAAGUAUUUGUUUUUGAAUUAAGUUCCUAUGACUGUAUUACGUACCUACACAAAUGUGAUUUAAUUUUAACAAAAUAAAAAAAAAUAUUAAAGACUAUUUCCAAUGCCUCUUCUUAUUGCCUUCGCAACCUGCAAGUAUUCUGCAUCAUCUGCUGAUGGUAAGUCAUUUUCCGUAUUCAAAGAAUCACCGAUAACAUCGUUCAGAAUCGUUGAGUCAGCAUGGUAUUCGAUUGGAAGAUUGCUUUUGAAGUGUAUACACAUGUUAUGCAAAGCGCAGCAAGUAUUAAUUAUUUGGAUCGCUUUUUGGGGUUCGUAAUGAAGUUCUCUGGCACCUAGAAUGCACCUCCAUCUACCUUUUAGAACCCCAUUAACUUGCUCUAUAAUUUUGCGACCGGCUUUAUGAGCUUUAUUGAACUUGCUCUCCGGCGUUCCUUCCUCGCAUGUUCUGUGUGGAGUCAGUAGCCAUGGUGCCAAUCCGUAUCCUGCGUCACCUAAAAGCAAAAUAAUAAUGAUGAAACGAGAUAUCAAAAUGCACAAUCAUUUUUUUACCCAAAAGCCAAAAAUUUCGUUCACCACCCAAAUAUCUUUGGAGCAAGUGAGAUCGAAACUCAGAUACUUUCCAUAUCAAUGAGUCAUGGCAUGCUCCUGCUCCUCAUUUCUUCAUCACAAAU